CUCCAGUACGUCCGCACCGCAAGGCCUCUCGCCGUCCUUGGACAUUCUCCGUCCGUCGCCUUUGCCUGGGGCAGAUAACAAUAUCUGAUAUCCCUGGGCCUUCGCCGUCCGGGCCCCCCUACCUUCUCUCAUCCGUCCUCACACAAAGCAGAAGGGGGAGGAGUUUUAGGGGAGGAGGGGGCGGCAGGAGGAGCCAUUAUUAUUUCUUCUUCCAGCGGCAAUUCCUGGCCACCACCGGGCGCGCUAUAUUACUCCGGGUUCGUGGACAAGCAUGCAGAGGGGCGUGUCCUUCCCUGGCGGAAUGGCGAAGGAGUGCCCGCCCGCCGAGCUCUGGCUCCCGGACGAGUUCCUGGACGACGACUUCUUCUCCGAGGAGGAGAAGGCGGCGGUCGCGGCCAAGAGCGAGAGCGACGAGGAGGAAGGGAUGGACGGCCUCUCGCGCCGCGCGGCCGGGCUCGUCGUCGGGGGUGGAGGGGACGGUUCCCCUGCAAAGGCGCAAGUGUUAGCCGGCUCGCCGCAGUCGAUUCUGUGCGGCCUGCAUGCUUCCGGGGAGGACAGCCCCAACGGCGCGGCGUCGCAGGUCAGCUCGCCGCCGUCGUCGCCGCUGGAGAAGACCCCGGCCGACCACUGGGACCUGCUCAAAGAGGCGGCCGGCCAGGUGGCCCGCAUGCGCACAACUAGCGGCAUCCUGGUGGCAACGAACGCGGGCGCACAUCAAAGACACCCCGUCCCGCCGCUGGCGCAGAAGCUCUCUGCGCCGGCCGAGGCUCCGAAGGCCGCGGGUGCCAACCUCCCUCAGGCUCAGCCGAAGAACUCGAUGGAACAUCGCCGGAUUCAGAUUGCUCGUUUUAAUGCGCUGAAGCAGCAGCAGCUCCUGAAGCACAUGCGGGAGCGGGAGCUCGCCGUCGCUACGGCGGCGGCGUGGGGCACGAGCGUUGCCGGGUCUCAUCGUGCCGCCGGGUACCGUGCGCCGGCGCCCCAUGUCCUGAGCUCGUCCGCGUGGCCCACCCUCCAGAAGCAGCAGCAGCAGCAGCAGCAAAGGGCGGCGUCCCCGGCGGGCAUGCGCGCCGUCUUCGUCGCCCCUCCUGGCGCCAAGCGCGAGUGCGCCGGCACCGGCGUGUUCAUCCCCCGCCAGGCCGGCGCCCCCGCGGAGCCCAAGAAAAGGCCAGCAGCGUGCGCCCCUGUCCUUCUCCCGGCGCGCGUCGUGCAGGCGCUCAACCUCAACGUCGAGGACCUCGGGGCCCGUCCCAUCUACCCGGGCGGCUUCGUCCUCGACCACGAUGCACUGGUGAGCCGGAGCAACGCUCUGCUGGCGAGCCGCGCGUCCCAGCAGCUCCAUGGCGCUUCGUCGCGCGAGGUGAAUCUCCCCCAGGAAUGGACGUACUGAGGGCGCCGAUUCGCCACCGCACCGCUGCAAGAUGACUCGACGAUCACUCCAGAUUAACGGGGGGUGUCAAAAAAAAUUACUAUUGCUAUUGGUAGCAAUAGGUAUUAUAGGUGUUGUUAGGCUAGAAGUAGGAGGCAGCGGUGGUGUGGCAUUACGCGCCAGCGUUAGGUGUUCUUUUGUGCGGGGGUGAUAUAUUGGUUAUUUUGGGACUGACGGACGGGUUGGUGAUGAGCAAGAGCGAAAUCAAUCAUCCGUGGCUCUCGCAGGUCCGUUGGGGGCGGAGGGGAGAAACAGCAAUAAUAAUAAUAAGUGGGUGCUUUUGGGGGAGGGGAGAGAGGGGGGUUUGGAACUAAUCCUAUGUUUAGCUGGUUCUGGUACUACGAUGGUUUCCCAAGGGAAAAUCAUCAAGCAUUCAGCAGUCUGUGAAAGAGAUGUCUCGUCACUGUAAGCAAAUAAUAAUAAUAAUA